UUUUCAAGGUCAUGACGAAAUUAUAAUAGUGUUGGUACCAUAUAGAUAUACUAUCUUAAAUCGUGGUUGGUACUGUUUGCCGUUUGGUUUUGAUAACGAUAAAAAUUGACUUUCUUUUUCUUUAUUUACUAGUUUAACUACCUAGUUUACUACUUACUACUUAGUCUAAUCUAUAUUCUAUGACUUAGUUAUAACAUUGUUCUGUGUUAUAACUUAACUUAUACCAAAUACUAUAAAUGAUUAAAUAUUAAAUCAUUUGCUUACACAUUUCAGUUCAAAYUAAACUUUGCUUAUGUUUACUUAUUUAUAAAAUAUAAUAUAAAUAUUCAAUAAAGAACAUUGUGAAAUAUGGGUGACAUUAAAGAAGAAGACUGGAAUUUACCGGAGUGCAAAUACGAAUGUGAGGCUUGCCAAAWAUGUUUUUGUAUUAUACCUUGUUAUGGUUCAAUCACAAAUAUCUGGACCAUACAGCAGAUAUUCAAAUACAUGCGUGGGGAAGUACUUUGUCUGAAGCAUUUGAACAAUGUGCCAAUGCUAUGUUUCAUUACAUGACAGAGGUUGAUUAUAUUGAAAUGAAAGAGUCGUAUGAAAUAGAAGUUGAGGGUCACGAUAUGAUGACUCUUUUGUACAAUUUUCUUGAUGAAUUGUUGUUCAUAUUUAGUGCUGAACCUAAUUAUAUUGCAAGAAAAGUACAAAUAGAAGAAUUUGACACAACAGCAUUUAAAAUUAAAGCUAAAGGCUUUGGAGAAGAGUUUCAACUUGGGAAACAUCCUCAAGGAACAGAAGUAAAAGCUAUAACAUUUUCAAAUAUGCAGAUACAUGAAAAUGAAGGAAAAUGUGAAGUGUUUGUAAUUUUAGAUAUUUAA